AAUGCAGUGACCUAUGAUGAUGUGCAUGUCAACUUCACUUGGGAAGAGUGGACUUUGCUGGAUCCUUCCCAGAAGAAUUUCUACAAAGAUGUGAUGAUGGAGACCUACAGAAACCUGACUACUAUAGGGAUAAAAGAAUACACACUAGAGAGAAACCCUAUGAAUGUAAUCAAUGUGGUAAAGCCUUUGGCUGUCACAGUCAUAUUCAAGUGCAUAAAACAACACAUAAUGGAGAGAAAUCAUAUAAAUGUAAUCAAUGUGGUAAAGCCUUUGCACAACAUGGUCAUCUUCAAAGCCAUAAAAGAACACAUACAGGAGAGAAACCCAGUGAAUGUAAUCAUUGUGGUAAAGCCUUUGCACAACAUGGUCAUCUUCAAAGUUAUAAAAGAACACAUACAGGAGAGAAACCCUGUGAAUAUAAUCAGUGUGGUAAAGCCUUUGCACGAUCCAGUCAUCUUCAAAGGCAUAAAAGAACACAUACUGGAGAGAAGGCCUAUGAAUGUAAUCACUGUGGUAAAGCCUUUGCACAACAUGGUCAUCUUCAAAGCCAUAAAAGAACACAUACAGGAGAGAAACCCAGUGAAUGUAAUCAGUGUGGUAAAGCCUUUGCACAACAUGGUCAUCUUUAAAGUUAUAAAAGAACACAUACAGGAGAGAAACCCUGUGAAUGUAAUCAGUGUGGUAAAGCCUUUGCACGAUCCAGUCAUCUUCAAAGGCAUAAAAGAACACAUACUGGAGAGAAGCCCUAUGAAUGUAAUCAUUGUGGUAAAGCCUUUGCACAACAUGGUAAUCUUCAAAGUCACAAAAGAACAUAUACAGGAGAGAAACCCUAUGAAUGCAAUCAGUGUGGUAAAGCCUUCACAAAACAUAGUCAUCUUCAAGUACAUAAAAGAACACAUACUGGUGAGAAACCCUAUGAAUGUAUUCAAUGUGGUAAAGCUUUUGCACAACAUGGUCAUCUUCAAAGUCAUAAAAUAA